AUGGCCGGCCCGCCGCCUCCCCCACGCAGCGGAGGCCUGUCGCUUUAUGCCAACCUUCUUGGCCCUCCCGACGAGUCGGCGUCCAUCUCGCGUGGACCUAUCGUCUCCAAAGAAGCUCUGGACGCAGUCAAGGGACAGGCAGCAGCAGCAGAAGCUAAGAAGCCAGUCGAUCCCUCCCUGCGCUUCCAACCAUUCCAAUCCAUCCGUCGGCCGCAACAAAAGACUCAGAGACCCAAGGUCCCCAAAGUCCUACCCGCCAAUGCCAAUGCGCCGAGCAGCGGGACGGCUUCCACGGUGUCCACUCCAGUUGCUCAGGUCCCGCCUCCAGCAAAGAGCACCCUGGCUGAUUGGGCCGCGACUGAGGAUGAUGACUGGAUGUAUGCAGGCGACGAGAAGCGGAAUCGAGGUGGGCGAAGAAAGAAGAAGAAGAGAGACAAUGCGCCCAUCGAGACGGACUGGGACGAGGUUUACGACCCUUCGCGCCCGACCAAUGUCGACGAGUAUCUACGGAGCGAUGAGAGAAUACGAGAGGUGAGGGAGUGGAAGGCGCUGUUGUACAAGCACAAACGCCCUGCCAAGAGACAGUCGAGUUGGGAUAGUGAAGACGAAGAGGACCGCCCAGUGACGAACCAAUUCGCACCACCCGGAUCCUACUCGUUCGCACCACCACCACCACCUUCACCACCACGAGCUUCUGUUCCAGACGACAAGAGCGGCGAUGAUGCAUACGCCCGUCGGCCGGCCUUGUCGCGAGGCUUUGCGCCUCCUCCGACAACAUCAGCAUCUCCAAAUCCGCCUUCAGCUCCUCCACCACCUGUGCAAACCGAACCUACACCUACGAUAAUUCUACCUCCACCGCCGCCUGAAGCAGACCCCUCUACCAUCUCCCGCGCGCCAGUCCGCUACACACAGCCAGAACCUUCGGCGCCUUCUGCAACUUCGCCAGACGAGCCUGAGCCAGACCCGGACGCUAUGGACGAAGACACCCUUGACCCCAACGCUGCCGACGCUCCCACGCUCAAUACGAGACGCCCAGGCCAGAAGGGCUUCGCAGCCCGCCUUAUGUCCAAGUACGGGUGGACCAAAGGCCAAGGCUUGGGCGCCGACGCAUCCGGUAUCGUCCAACCGCUCCGCGUCCAUGUCGAGAAGCGAAAGAAAAAGCCGGACGCCGAAGGGGGUGGUUGGGCCGAGCCUGGCGGCCGCGGCAAGAUCAUAGCUCCCAAGGUCGCCGCCGCCGCCGCCGCCUCGUCCUCAUCAGAGAGCAAGUUCGGACCUAUGAGCAACGUCAUCGUGCUCCGUCACAUGCUUUAUGGGAUCAAAGACGUGCAGCACGAGAUAUCGGAAGGCCUGGGGCAGGAAAUUGGCGAAGAGUGCGGCGACAAAUACGGGCGUGUCGAGAGGUUGUACAUUGAUCACGUCGGCCUCAAUGUCUACAUCAAGUUCGUCGACGGCGUCAGUGCGCUACGAGCCGUCAACGCCCUCGACGGCCGCGUUUUCGCCGGGAACAGCAUUGCGCCACAAUUUUACGACCUGGACAAGUUUGAAAGGAGCGUGUACGAGUGA